AACCUCGCAUUAAUGAUUCCUUUGCCUCUUCUCCUCUUUCUCCUGCCGCUCGUUGCUGUUGCUUCCGUGCUUAGCCUCGCCUCCGCUUCCAUCGGCACCUGCGAUUCCGCCCAAUUGACAAAGGAGGAACCAAGGAUCCUUAACGGGGUUGUACAAUUUAGGUUUCUAGUCUUCUUUUCUCAGUACUUUUGCUCAGAUUCAGAGGCUCUUUUGUCCUUAGAUGUGAUUUUGGGGUCGCCUCGUGGUCGGGAGGAUUCUGAUUUAGGGUUCCGGUUAUAGUACUUACGGUCAGCAGAGCGUGCCGCUUUUAUUCCUAUUGCAGGGCUCUUUCUUGUCGAUUUCUGCCGUGGAAGCUCUGUGAUGGGGCUGUUGUUUUGCUAAAGUUGAUUUGGAUGAAUAAAUUCAGACGGCCAAUUUGAAAGUUUGAUUUUUUUUCCCCCUAUAUUGGUAUUGAUUUGAAGAAAGGGGCCGACAAAUUGAAACGUCCAAUUUCCUUUUAUUCUCGGGUUUUUAAAUGCAUAUGAUGAGAGGUUUGAUCAUACUUUAGUUUUUUUGUCGUGGAAGUACGAUAUUCUUUUUUUGGAACUUCGAAAGGGUCGUAACUAACCUAAUUCGGCAAUGGAGAUCGUGAAUUGCGUUGAACAUGGCUUGCUGGGUAAUCCAGACGCGGAAGAUGAAUUUCGAAGCUGUUGUACAGAAGAAGAAGAAGAGUGGCAGGAUACUGAGGAAUCUCUAGCCGAAGGUUCUAAUGAUGAUCUCGAAGAGUUUUCAUUAAGAAUGUUUUUUAAGGGUGUAUCCACCUCAGAUACUCAGGGUAAAGGAUCUAGGGCUGCUGGAAUUGGAGUGGUGAUGGAAAGAUCUGCUGGAAUUUCCUUAAUUAAAGUGCAGAAGAAGCUUGACUUUUAUGUAGAGGAUUUGGUAGCUGAGCACUUGGCGUUGAUGGACGGGAUAUCAGCAGCACUCCGAAAUGGCACUAGAAAGCUCUAUGCGUUCACUGAUUCCGAAGAACUGUAUUCUCAGAUUGCAGAAACAGAAAUUCUUGGCCACCAACUUUUAAUAGCAGCUCUAGGACACAGGAUCCUAGAGCUGGCUGAGAAGCUUGAAGACUUUGAUUUACAGCUGGUUUCAAGUUAUGAAUUAGAGAGGCCAUUGCGCUUGGCCAGAGAAGCAAUUGGUGACUGGUCAGCUGACAUUUGUCCCAUGUGUUGUGAGGAGAAGGAAAGUUCAAAGAUGAUAAAGUUGAAUUGUUCCCAUAAAAUUUGUCCUGAUUGCAUGAUCAUGUAUGCUGUCCGUGAAUUGCAGUGCUCAAAGGUUCCUAUAAAGUGCCCUCAAAUAAAAUGCAGAUAUUUGAUUUCAGCCAGUGAAUGCAAGUCAUUUCUCCCAUCUGCUAGAUAUGAAUUACUAUGGACAGGCAUGAUUGAUGCUCAGAAUUUAGAUGCAUUCUUUUGCCCUUUCAAUAAUUGCUCAGGAGUGCUCCAUCCUGGUCAUUGUUUGUCCUCUACAGCAAGUUCUUCAACUCAAUCAGAUAUCAACCGCAUUCAGUGCCCAGAGUGUCAGAGAGAGAUGUGUAUUGGCUGUCGCGUUCCCUGGCAUUCCUUGAUGACAUGUGAGGAUUAUCAGAACCUAACAGCAUCUGAAGGAGCUGCAAGGGAUAUUUGUUUUACUGACUUCGCAGAAGACACUAGGCACAGGCGCUGCCAGCAGUGUAGACAAAUGAUUGAACACACAGAUGAGGGUUAUCAUGUGACCUGCUGGUGUGGACACGAGUUCUGCUACAUGUGUAGCACUGAAUACCAGAAUGGCAUUCAGACCUGUCACUGUGCCUUUUGGGGUGAGAAUAAUCCUGAGCCUUCUGUGACUCCUUCGAACGAUGGAUCACAACUCUGGCCAUGGGAGCCUUUAAAUUCCCUGCCAGCGCUUACAGAUGAAUACUCCGAGCAAGAAAGAGCACAGUUAGCUCUUGUACAAAGUUUUCUCUCCGUUGGAAUUGACCUAAGUGAACUCCACCACUCUCCGCAAUCGCCUCCUCGAUGUUCCGAUUCUGACACGGACACUGUUAAAGACCUCCACCAGCUCCCCUGGCUUGAGAGGUUCGUAUCCGUGAUUAGUGACAGCUACCAUGAGGAUUUUGUUCAGUGAAUUCAGUUAAGUAACCCCAUUGGGAACUUUACUAAUAAAUGAUAGCAUGCCAUAAAGAUAUAGUGUUUGCAUCAUUUGGGAUUUAAAAUUCUAGAAUUCUAAUAACUAUUCUCUUAUUCUUAAAGGGAAAAUUGUAGCAGAAACUGUGUGAAAGUUUGACGAAUUUUUUACCCUUAUCAGAGACUAUUUCGCUAA